UUUUCUUCUGAAAAAAAAAAAAAAACAAUUUCCUUUUUUUUUAAUUUUCAUUUAUUUUUAUUUGGACACUGGUUCGAUCCCUUUAUCUUCGUUUCCCUGUCCGAGAAUCCAAUUAUAGAGAGAGAAACAAAAAGAAAGAAAAGAUUUUUAGAGAGAAAGAGAGUGUGUGUUUCCACCGUCGUUUUAAGUUAAACUAUCCCGUCGUUUUCAAACCUUCUCCUUCUCUCUCUAAUUAAGCUUAGCCUUGUCAAUUACAAUUAAUUUUUGUUUUAAUUUUUUAAAAAAAGCAGUUGCCGUUUCUUAGCUUCUCUUGAAGAACCCUAAAGAAAGGCUCUUUGGCUUGGGGCUCAGAUCAGAAGCUUAAGUUCCUUUUGUACAUUUUCUUGCCUGAAGCUUUUGUUUCUUUUUUUUGGAUGAUCUCUUCAUGAGUGGAAUAGUGGCAAUUUGGAGAGUAAUUUGGGAGACUUUCCUGUAGAAUAAGUUGUUUUUGAGCCGUGAUGAUCUUAUAUAUGGAUAAACUGAUACUGUACAAAGGCAUAUAGGUACAAAAUAGUGGUGGGUGGAGUUUAAUGCCAGAUAACGAAUUUGAAGACGGGAUCCACAGUCUAUUCGAGCUAGAUAACUCUUUCCAGGGCCACCAUCUGCCAAAAGCUGGGGAUGGAAAUUGGCCGGUGCUUAACUAUAAUCAUUGGGUUGGAAAGCUGAGACAGAUUGGCACGACCCAGAAUUCCAAUUUGAAAAGCUACAGCUUGCAACAAUUAGAUUCCGUGGGAGGACAUGGUGGUGAAGCCUUAAAUGUGCUGCACAAUCAAAACUAUACACAAUCGUCUCCUACACUUGAGUGUUCCCAAAUUCUUUCCAGAAACCAACAACUGAAUACAAAUGGCUUCUUGCUUGACUGUCAGGGUUUUGGGAUGCAACACAAUCGUUCAGGGUUUUUGGGUGAAAAUACAGAUUAUGAUCAGCGUAAUUUGAUUUCCAGAGGCUCUUCUAUCUUUAAAUCACAUCAAGAAAAUGAGUCUUGUGAGAGUCCCACCUUGACAACAAAUUCGGAAAGAUCGGAAAUUACUGAAGCUUCUACUGAUUUAAACUUUCUUAAAGGGCGACAACUUUUGAACACCCCACAACUGGGUAUUCAGCAACCUCUCCCCAUGCAGCAGUCUGGCUAUAAUGAAAUGCAGUUGUUGCAGCAGCACUUAAUGAUCAAGCAGCUGCAAGAUCUUCAGAGACAACAACAAAUUCAACAGUUCGGUGAUGUGCGGGAGCAGAAUACUUCAAACCAACUUUCUGCUAUUGCCAAACAGUCUGCCACGGGUCAGUUCUCACCUCUUAUUAAUGGAACUCCUGUUCACGAAGCAUCACAAAUGUUUAUGAACAUUGUACCGCAAGGUACAUUGCCCACUACUCCAGGAGUAUCUAACAGAGUUGUAUUCCCACAAGAUCAACGACAGACUUUCCGCUUAAUGGGCCUAAGUUCUCAGCAGCCUGAUGCAUCUUUAUACGGUACUCCUGUUGCUAGUGCAAGAAGUAAUAUGAGUCAAUAUUCUCAACAAGGAAUCUCUAGUGAUGCUGUCAAUUUCUUGACUAAGGCUGGUGGUCAAGCACAGAAGCCUACCAUGCAGUCAUCAGGUACAUUCUUAAGAGAUCGAUAUAAUGUUUCACCAGAUCAGGUCUACAUGUUACAAGGUGCCUUAAUAUCCAACCCAGGAUUUCAGGGGAAAGAUAUGUUUGGAUCAGCCUCUGGCCAGAGCAUAAAUAGUGGAAAUAUGUCUGGAAGCUUCCUGGCCGAGAAUGCUGCACAAGUAAAUGCAUCUGCCAAGGACUUCAAUGGAAGGCAACAGCAAGCUGGUUGUCCUGCAAUGCAGCAGAAAACUACACAACUUGGUCCCUCUCAGGGUUUGGUUCCUUUAGACCCGAUAGAAGAGAAGUUAUUAUAUAAUAUGGAUGAUAACUUCUGGGAUGCCUCCUUAGGCAGGCGCACUGAUGUAGGUGCUGGAAGUUUCAGCAAUGUGUUGGAGAACUCAGAUUUUUCAAAUUCUUUUCCAUCUAUUCAGAGUGGGAGCUGGAGUGCUCUAAUGCAGUCUGCUGUGGCUGAGGCUUCUAGCAGUGAUACUGGGCUACAGGAUGAGUGGAGUGGAUUGACAUUUCAGAAUACUGAACAGUCAACUGAUAAUCAGCUUUCAAACUUUGUCGACAGUGAUAAGCAACGGGCAGGUUGGAUUGAUGGCAGCCUACAGAGUGCCUCCUCCUUUAGUUCAAAAUCUAUGCCCAUGUUCAAUUAUUCUGGUGUAAGCUCUACCUUCCCUGGUUUUAAGCAGCCUGGCACCCAAUUUUCACCUGAUCAGGGUGAGAAUCUACCUCAUGAUAUAUCGCAUGGGUCUUCUGAAAGGAAGUCUCCCAAAGUCACUUCUGAGUGGGUAGAUUGUGGCACUCAACAGAAGCAACCCUUUGAGGGAGGUCAACAAGCUCAGUCAUAUAUGCAUUUAAAUAAUGCUUGGGCAGGUCAGAUGUAUGUGCACACAGAAAGUAGUGCUCAUCGGCGGACUACCUCACAUGAAGAUUUUGGCCAGCCUUAUACUAAAUAUAAUGGUAGCACUAAUGAUGGUUGUUUGUUAAAGACAUCAACUGGAGGGGUGGAGCAAGUACAAUCUGGCUCAGAUAAUAAUCUGUUCAGCAGAAAAGAUUCACAGAUAAAUAAUAACCAGUCAACUGGUCAACGAGUCAUGGAUAAUAAUAGAUCUGAUUACAUGAGACAUGCUGAUAUCUCUGCCCCCAAGGGAAGUGAGAGUACACAUAAGAAUCAGCAUCAGCUAAGCAAUGGGCCUCAUGGUUUUGCUAACUCUUCUGAGGGAGAAGGUGAAAUAUACGUAAAUCAGCAAAAGAGCUACCAACGGCAAGCUUCAAGUGACAGCUAUAAUUCUAAAGGACUGAGUGGUCGUGACCAAGGACUUUCUGGACAGGUCAAGUUUUUUGGUGAUGUUUCUAGUGGCAGUGCAAACUUCAAUGAGGUGCGCUUACCUUUAGAAGAGUUAACUUCUGGGGAUGAUAUCAAAUCAGUUGGCCCUAAUGGUUCAAAUACUGCUGCUCAGACAAGUCAAAAUAUGCUUGAGCUCCUUCACAAGGUUAACCUUCCGAGGGAGGGUGGUGUCAUGGCACAUUCUGGCUUUAUAGAAUCUAAUUCAUUGGCUAAAGUUCCGGAGGCAGAAGAUUAUACAUCCGUUGCUCAACUAUACAACCCAUCUGCCGCUUCUCAAGGGUUUGGUUUAAGGUUGGCCCUCCCAUCCCAACAGCUGCCAAAUUCAAACCCUUUCCUCAAUUCUAAGGGCUCACCACAGACUCUAAGUAAUCUAAAAUCAGGGCAGGUCAAUCAGACAUGGGUAGCUUCUCCAUAUUCUGUUCAAUCUUCGUCUUCAGCACAUGAGUUGUCUCAAAGAGUACAUUUGGAUGGUAAAUCGAGUAUGUCCAGAGAAAAAGGUGUCUCGUCAUACUCAACCAUGCAGGGGAGCGCAGCUGCAGCCUUUGCAUCCAGUCUUCCGCAUCUGAGAAAUCAAACACAAAUGCAACCCAUGCCUAAUUCACCUGUAGCAUCUCAAUCAUUACAGGUGACACUUUCAAAUGCUAGUAGGAAUCCCCCUGUUAACCUUGCCACCUCUCAAGAUACUUCUCAACAGACUUCUUCCAAUCAUUUUGGUCAACAGUUUCCAGUUUUGGAAGCUUCACAGGUAUCUCAGACUUAUAUCAUGCCAGGCAUGUCAGGGCAUGGUGAAUUUUCAGCAAUGCAAAAUGCAUGGAGAACUCUACCAACUCAGCGGAAUCUUUCUGUUUUAGAACCUCUAAAAGUUCCUGCUAGCUUGCCUCCCUCCAUGGAUCCCACAAAUAGUAGUAUAAACUCCAAUAAAUGUGGUUAUGGGGAAAUUCAGGCAGGACAAGAGAGGUCCUUGCAGCAAAUGUCUUCUAAUAUGACAGACCCGUCCCAGCCAGCUAGUUUCUCUCAAGGAGAAAAACCUUCACAAAAGCAUUGCUUAAAUGCAAGUGCUCUGCCCUCUUCCUCAUCAUUGCCUCUUUCUAAUCAGGAAGUCCUUGAUGGGGUUAAACAUGAUGAUAACCAAGCCUUCAUGACUUCUGAGAGAAACUUUGUACCCGGUGCCCAUUCUUUGAAACCAUCUAACAGUUUCCAUCAAAAUUACUCCCUGUUGCACCAAAUACAAGCGAUAAAUAAUGCUGAGACUGAUCCAAGUAAGAGUACCGAUGACUCUCAGCAGGUUUCUUCUGUGGUUGGACAGCAGUUGUAUGAACAUAAUUCAAGGUUGAGAAGCUCUAUGGAUAGUGGUCCAAGUUUAGCACCAGGUGGGGAUAACAAAAUGCUAAGCUUCUUCACAGCUUCAAGGGAAGAUCCAACUGUAAAAGCUUUGCCACAGACUGCUCUACAAAGUAUGCCUUUGCAUGAGAUGGUCCAAUUUGGUCAAAAUAGUUCUCAGAGCCAAUCUACUAGCGGCUCUUAUGUAACUAAUCAUAUGAAUCAUUGCCAGGGUAACCUGCAUAUGGCACCCUCUUGGUUUAAGCAUUAUGGGUCCUUCAGAAAUGGGCAGAUGCUUUUAACGUCUGAUGCCAGGAUUACAAAAUCUGCCUCUGGACAGUUCUCCCUCUUGAAGUCUACUCAGAAUCUGCAUAUUCAUGACUCUGUUGGACAAGUAGAUGCUGUGGAGGCUAGUCAAGCUACUAUUUCCAUGCCAAGCUUAGGUACUACCUUGGUGACAAAUGAACACUUUUCAGCUCCUUAUGUGUUGCCAUCAAGUAUCAACAAUCAAAAUAUUUUUAUUACAAGACCGAAGAAGCGCAAAGCUAUAUCAUCUGAGCUUCUGCCAUGGCGCAGAGAAGUGUCACAAGGUUGCCAAAAACCUCAAAAUAUCAGUUAUUUCCACAGUGUGUCAGAACAAGAAUGGGCUGAGGCCACAAAUCGGUUGUGUGAGAAGGUGGAAGAUGAGGUUGAAAUACUUGAAGAUGUGCAUCCAAUGCUUCGAUCAAAAAGGAGGCUUGUCUUGACAACACAGCUUAUGCAGCUAUUGCUUCAUCCUGUUCCGGCACCAAUUCUCAGAGCAGAUGCCACCUCAAACUAUGAUAGUGUAUCAUACUUUGUUUCUAGAGUAGCCCUUGGUGAUGCAUGCAACCUUUCCUGUGGUGUAAGAAAAAAUAUGCAGCUCACCUCUUACAACAGUGACAUGACCUAUGAGAAGCUAAAAACUUUUGAGAAAACUGGUGAUCAGAACAUUUUGGAAGUCAUGGAAGAUUUUACUGAUAGAGCUAAGAAACUAGAAAACAACUUCCAAAGAUUGGACAAGAAAGUGUCAGUUCUAGACAUCAGAGUGGAAUGUCAGGAGCUGGAACGUUUUUCUGUCAUCAACCGUUUUGCCAGAUUUCAUAGCCGAGGACAAGGAGAUACCUCUGGAGCUGCAUUAGUGUCUGCAAUCCACAAACCAGUUCCACAGAGAUAUGUCACAGCACUUCCAAUGCCUAGGAAUCUACCUGAAGGGGUACAAUGUUUUUCACUGUGAUCAUGAUUUAACCGAUCCUCUAUCAAAUUGAAUCUUGUUUUCAUCUAUUCUCUGCAUGCCAUAUCAAAGCAUCUCUCCACAAUCUCUCUCUUCACUAAUCUCAAUAUUGGCAAGCAAGAAAGACAAGAAUGCAUGAUGGAAUGUCAGUCAGGUCGACCUUGUAUUGAGGCCCUUGGUUAUUUUGAGUUGAGGCCAUUGUUGUCAUUUUUUAGAAAGUAAAUAUUGUUUCUUGUAUAUUUUUAUGGAAGUCCAAGGAGAAUAGGAGUAUUCUAAGUAUCUUUUGCAAAAGAGCACGAGGAUCAUCAGUAUGAAUGUCUUUUACUUAUUACGUAAGUAGUGGAAUUUAGCUUUGCCUAAAACGUGGAUAAUAUUUGCAUCUUUGCCUUUUUUGGGUUCUCUUUCCUGUCUUCCUUCUUUUUCACUCUUUCAGGUUUAUUCUGUUAUCAGCUGGAAGGACAGGAGACUGGCAUCUGGUAGACCAGCAUAUGAUAAUAUUUAUGGCCAGUAUAAGUGGUUGGAAUUUUAUAAUCCAAGAUAUGUAACAGGGCUUCCCACUUGGGAUUUCCAACAUUUAAAUGGCCUUUGGAUCACAACUACUUGGUUAAAUGCUUCUCUAACUUAAAAAAAUCUUUUCCUCAGUCACGUGUGUGGUUACUCUUGACUUGCAUUUGAGUGGGGGGGAAACAAAAGAUCUACCUGAAAAGGAUUGCAGAACCUUCAACGGUACCUUUAUGAACUAAAGUAUUUGUUUUAUUUGAAAAGUACAAGGUUUCAGUUUCAGACAGUGAUUCUGUCUGAGCCCCCCACCCUCACCCUCUCCCAUUGGCCAUACCAGAAAUUGAGUAAAAGACAAGGGAAGACUUUUCAUGACAGCAAAAGAAUGUUUGCUUUUUAAGUUCUGAAGUGGAAGGAUUCUAUGUACUUGAUUGUCUUCACGCUCCUUAAAAAAUUGACUAAAAGCAGCACAGACACGUCAGUUGUUGUGGGUAUUCCGUGAUAACUAACUCCAGUUUCAACCUGUCAGAAUCGGUAUCUGAUCCAAUCAAUGAUUUGAAAGUGAUGUGAGAACAAGCAGAAAAAAAAUAAAGAACUAUUUAUUACCUAGGCUGGUGGUAAUAAAUUCUUUGGUGGGGUUUGUCCCAACUCCCAGGUUUUCUCGUUGGUGGACAAGCAAUCUGCUGACAACAUUGGUGGGGAUGUCUUUUGUUUUCAACAUCCAAACACUUCAAGUCUUCAACAAUGUAAACAAAAUAAUUAUUCAAUAAAGGAAACAAACAGAUUAUCUUCCAACAUCAUGCCCACGUGGGUUUACACCUUUUGUCUCAUAUCAAAUGGGCCCCAAAAAAUCACCCUGGC